AUGGACGAAAGAGUCAGCAUCCGUGACAGUGGAAUACCUCUGAAGAAGUAUGGAAGCAUCAACAGGAAGUCGAACUUGUUGCCGAACACGUGCUACGUCAAACACGUGGUCACCCAGACCGACACUAUACAAGGGUUGGCUCUCAAGUACGGCUGUACAACCGAAAAAAUACGGAAAGCCAACCGGCUAUUUGCCAACGACAGCUUGUUUCUGAGAGAGCAUUUGUACGUGCCCACCGGAAACGUUGUGGUCAAUGCCGGAAACGGCAACGACAGGGAAAAUAUAAAAUCACCGCCGUCGGACGAGAAUAAUUAUUACUGUCGAGAAGACUGCAAUAACUUUUUGAACAAAAUCGACAGUAAAAUUGCCAGCGCCAGAGCUCAAGUGAUCGACAGCCAGAAAAGGAGUUCCUAUUAUCCACAAGAACAACAAGUACUGUUUACCUGGCACCGUAGAAUACCUAGUCCCGAGUCCGACUCCGACGACAAUAUACCUUACCCGAUAAUUGUGACCCAGAACAAAAAAAUGUCCGGUUCGCGACUACGUCUGAAACAAAAUCAAGAAGAACUGUUUCCUUUGUGA